CGGCACAAGCAUGUUUGUCAAUUCAGUUUCUGUGGUUGGAGCUUCAAACGUUACGAACAUCUAAAAAGGCAUAUGUUAGUGCAUACAGGAGAACGGCCUUAUACGUGUCAUUUCCCGGGAUGCGGUAAAAGCUUCAGUCGAUCUGAUAAUUUUCAUGCUCACUAUCGUACGCAUACAAAAAAGAAAGUACCGAAGAAACAACGA